AGAGGGAGGGGUGUCAAAGAGCCAAGGUGCCGCUUGGCUAGUGGCAGAGCUGAGAACCUGGAGGCGUUCGCCCACAGCCACAUUUCAUUUCUCGCCAGCCCGUGGUUCCCCUGCCAUGAGCAACCUAGUGCGGACCGAGCCGCUGCGCGGGGCGCCUCCUCUGCUGGUGCCUGGCGACCUCUACUCCGUGGUGGUUCUGCUGCGAGGCUACGCGGAGCCAGAGGAGGUGGGCGAUGCCGUGCGCGCGGACGGCUCCGUGACCCUCGUGCUGCCUCAGGCCUGGGGCCGGGGCUCUAGUCACCAAGAGUCCCCGCCCGCGGCCGGCAGCGCGGAGACCGCCCUGGAGGAGGCGGCCCGUGGCCCCAUCCUCGUGGAUACUGGGGGCCCCUGGGCUCGGGAGGCGCUGCUGGGCGUCCUGGCGGGGCAGGGGGUGGACCCCGGAGACGUGACUUUGGUGGUGGGGACCCACGGGCACUCGGAUCAUAUCGGAAAUCUGGGGCUGUUUCCGGGGGCUGCUCUGCUGGUCUCGCACGACUUCUGCCUGCCAGGGGGCCGCUACCUGCCCCACGGACUGACUGAGGGGCGGCCCCUGCGCCUAGGACCUGGGCUCGAGGUGUGGGCCACGCCGGGCCACGGGGGCCAGCGGGACGUGAGCGUAGUGGUGAAGGGCACGGCCCUGGGCACCGUUGUGGUGGCUGGAGAUGUGUUUGAGCGUGACGGGGAUGAGGACUCGUGGCAGGCGCUGAGUGAAGACCCAGUGGCCCAGGAGCGGAGUCGGAAGAGGGUCCUGGGCACCGCCGACGUGGUGGUGCCUGGUCACGGAGCCCCCUUUCGAGUGGUCAGGGAAGCCUCUCAACCAGAAAGAAAGAGUUGUGGAAACAGCAGCCAGGAACCGGAGGGCGGAGAGGACGAGUCUACACUUCAUGGAUGAGACCCAGAGACCUGAUCAGCCAGAAUCGGAGCGGGCAAGGCCAGUCACUUCCAGUCUUCCAGGAGACAGAUUUUCCAUUCAGGACACUGGAAUAUCACUGUGGAUAUAACUCUCUGCCUAUCUCUGCAACCAAACUACAUGUGUGAAUCCUCGGCAGGCCUCGGGAAAAUGCAAGAAUGUUCUUGUGAGGGUCCUCCAAAAUAAAAGUAGAAGCUCCCUGAAUGUAAAAAGAAACAUUAAUAAUGAUAACCACACAACAAGGGAUCACUUUGACCAAUUGCCUGUUUCUCCUGGGGUACAGAUUGCUGAGAAAAAGUGCAGGACAUAGAGAAGCUCGCCUUAGUCACCUGACUUUAACUCAUUAACUGAUUCAUUCAUUCAAGGGAUGUUUAUUGAACAUUGCAUCAUUAAAGACUGCUGUAAAUCACAGGAUACAACAGUGAGCAACCUAGACACCCUCUGUCCUUCAUGGAAACCACAUUUUUUUGAGGAGACAACCACAAUAGUAGUAGCAACCAAAUAAUUAUAGGUUGUAGUUAGUGAUAUGGAAAAAAUGAGGAAGGGAUAGCAGAGAGAAGAGAGGGUGCUACUUAAGUUUGGGUGGUCAGGAAAAAACCUCUAUGAGAUUUUGAUCAGAGAAUUGAAUGAUAAAAAAGCUGCCCAUAUGAAGAUCUGGGGGGAGGCGAUUCCAAGCUCAGGAACAGCAGGUAUAAGCCCCUGAGGCAGGACAGUUUAACCUGCUUGAGCAUCAUUAAGUCCCUGGGGUCAGACUGUGAAGGGCCAGGGCUGGAUAAUGCAGAGUUAGGUACAGCCAUCUUGCAGGGCCUUGGUGAUCAUUGUAAAGGCUUAGUAUACUAAGUAAAAUGGAGAUCCUUGGCUUUUGAGCAGGCUAUUGUUUUAA